AUGGAGCUUGAGCACAAAGCACUUUGGGCAUUGCGGCAGUUGAACUUGGACAUGAAGACGACGGGCACCAACAGAGUCACCGAUUUACAUGAGCUAGAGGAAUUCAGGUUCCAGGCAUUCAAGAGUGCUAGAUUAUACAAAGAACAGAUGAAAAUGAUGCAUGACAAGCACAUCGUGGACCGAAACUUCAAAUCCGGAGAGCUAGUGUUGUUAUACAACUACAGAUUGAGAUUGUUUUCGGGUAAGUUGAAGUCCCGAUGGUCAGGACCCUUCAGAGUGGUGCAAAUGUUCCCAAGUGCAGCUGUUGAGAUUGAAUCAGAGGAUGAAACAAAUAAGUUCACAGUGAAUGGUCAGAGGUUGAAACACUACCUUGGAAUGGAAAAUGAGAAAGGGGGCAGAGAGAUGAUAAUGUUGGAAGAGCCCUAG